CUUUUUGGUUUUGAAGUCGUGUUUUGUUUAGUCAUCUGAAUAGUACAUACAGUUCUUGCGUUGUUUUGGGAGGGACGAUUGAUUGAGCAAAACUAAACAACAGAUGGAACUCUGCGUAGUAAAUGCAUGAUCGGAAUUCCAGCGACUCAAACGUUUUGUCCUUUACCUGCAAUGGCUUUAAAACCAAAUGGGGAAUCUCUUCUGUUGCGUGCAAGUUGACCAAUCAACGGUGGCUAUAAAAGAAAGAUUUGGACGUUUUGAGGAGGUGCUUGAACCGGGAUGCCAUUUCAUGCCAUUUUUCCUUGGAAAUAAAGUUGCUGGUCAUCUUUCUCUUCGUCUACAGCAAUUGGAUAUUCGAUGUGAGACCAAGACAAAGGAUAAUGUCUUUGUCAACGUUGUUGCUUCUAUUCAAUUCCGUGCCCUAGCAGACAAGGCUAAUGAUGCUUUUUACAAACUUAGCAACACAAGGACUCAAAUUCAGGCCUAUGUUUUUGAUGUAAUCAGGGCAAGUGUUCCAAAACUCAACUUGGAUGAUGCUUUUGAGCAGAAAAAUGAAAUUGCCAAAGCUGUGGAAGUAGAACUUGAGAAGGCUAUGUCAGCUUAUGGAUAUGAAAUUGUUCAAACACUGAUUGUUGAUAUAGAGCCAGAUGAGCGUGUGAAGCGGGCUAUGAAUGAAAUCAAUGCUGCUGCUAGAUUGAGGGUGGCAGCCAAUGAGAAGGCAGAGGCAGAGAAGAUCUUGCAAAUUAAGCGAGCUGAGGGUGAGGCUGAGUCUAAAUAUCUCUCUGGGCUGGGUAUAGCUCGCCAACGUCAAGCCAUUGUGGAUGGCUUGAGAGAUAGCGUUCUUGGAUUCUCAGUUAAUGUACCAGGGACCACUGCAAAAGAUGUCAUGGACAUGGUCCUUGUCACUCAGUAUUUUGACACUAUGAAAGAAAUUGGUGCUGCCUCCAAGUCUUCUGCUGUAUUCAUCCCACAUGGACCUGGGGCUGUUCGCGAUGUAGCUGCCCAAAUUCGUGAUGGACUUCUUCAGGCUUCUCAUCAGUAGUUUAUACUCCACCUAGAUCUUGUAUCUGGUUUGCAAGGGAGUAUGGUGAAGCUAUAAUGCCUGUGGAAUUAUUUCUGUGCAGUGUGUUUUAUGAUUUUGUUUGAGUAUACUCCUAAUUAGUCCUCCAAAGACUACCAAAUUACAUUAGUCCUCCUAGGAUUUUUGUUACCAAAUUAGUCCUUAAAAAAUUUAAAAGGUCAUUACAUUCGUUCCUUACAAAGGAUUAAAAUGGGGACAUUAAAAAAUUUGAUAACUAUUUUGUAUCUUUAAGGGACUAAUUUGGUUAAAAAAAUAUUUGGAGAAUUGAUAUGGUUACAUGUUAAUAUUUGGAGGGCUAAUUUAAGGACUUACUUUUUUUGUUUUAUACUUUCAGUCUGUAAAUUAUUAAUGUGGAUAUGAGUUUUCUACAUUGAGAAUGAUGCAUGACUAAACUAUCAAC